AUGAGAUUCAUCUUACGUAGUCUUUAGAAUGGACAAACCUAACAAGUAGAGUAUAAAAUAAAGCAAUUGGCAGAUGCUAUAUAGCAGAGCAAACACCCUACAUUAGAAAUCUAGAUGAUAAACAUUAUCUCCAAAGAGAUAAAAAGAAUAGAUAAGCAUGCUUAAAGAUAUCUAGAUCCCAUUAUAAAUCUACUUACUACUUCCUUCGCGUAAUCAGCUGUUCUUGCGUAAUUGAACUAUGAGCAGAUAGGUAUUUUAAACUGGUCACUGGGCAACAUUGAUAUCCCGAAUGUGCACAAAAACAUAAAACUUUUUGAAGCCAUUGAGAAUCACCUUUUAUAUGAUAUUGAUAGUGAUUAACUUGCACCAAUCGGAAUCUGCUCUAUUGUAUAUACUUUUUCAAAGUUAAACAUCGGCUCUGAAUUGUUCUGGUAAGCAUAUGGUGAUCUAGUAUUGAAAAAGAAAAAUGACUUUGAUAAUGCAGGUAUUUCUAUCAUUUUGAAUGCUUUUGGAAGAUCAGAGAAAGGAUCGCUUCAAAAAUUUAUAAAGCCCUUUGAGCCAUUGAUAUUAAGAAUAGAUAAAGAGUUCAGAAUGAAGGAAUACUUGAUGAUGAUGUCAGGCAUUGCCACUGAAAUGACUUAGAAGUUUAACACAUCUUUUAAGUUUGAAGAGGCAAAGAAUAUUUUUGAUAUGAUGGCAAAUAAUAUAUUAGAUGAUAAUAUGAUAAAGACUAUUGAAUUACAGCCACUCACAACAAUUAUUUGGGCUUACUCUCUGAUUCCUGAUUCUGAGGCUUAAUAUCGAGAAUUUUGGAGAAAGAGCACCUAAGAUUAAAUGCCUAAUCUUAAAUGGCAUUAACUGACGAAUAUCAUGUUCUCACUUUCUUAACUUAAUACAACUACUCGUUAAAACCUUGAUUGGGAGCCAUACCUAAAUGCUUUUAAAAAAAAGAUAAGCUUUAUGUUUGACCAAGAAAAAGUUAUCAAAUGCCUAACAUCUUUUUCUUUAGCCAAUGUUGGAGAUAAAUAGUACUUUUGGCAGCCAGUAAUGAAAUUAAUGAACGAGAAAAUUAACUUUCAGAAACUUGAUUCCUACUUGCUGAUGAAUUUACUCUGGUCUUUAGCUAGGAAUCUCCACAAAAUAGAUGAAGUAGAUGCAUAAAUGAUUUCUUAAAAAGCUGUAGAGAGAUUAAAGUUAAAUGUUAGGGAAUUUGUAGAAUCAUAUAAUUAAAGAUAGAUUUUGCAAUUUAUCCCAAACCUAGUCUGGAGCAGUUAUGAACUUAGGAUUGAGGACUAGGAAUACUGGAAUGUUAUUCUAGAGGCUUUAAGUGGUCUAUCUAAUUAGUUCAAUAUUAAGUAGCUUUAUUCUAUAGUCCCUGUUUUAGAGAAACUCAGUAAUAUAUAAACUAAAAAAACUAUGCACAACUUGGAAUAAAGUAUGAAAACAUUGUCGAUGAGCACUUUAGAUAAGGAUGAAACAGAGAAAUAUUAAAUCCUUAGUUAGAUAUUUGAGAGAUAUAAUGCUAAAUUUUCUACAUUGAUAGCAGAAUAGGAAUAGUAGCAGUGA